CACUCCUCUUUCUUCCCCGAUGGAUUCCAACAAGAACCCCAUUCCCUUCUCCUCGUCGCCGGCGAAGCUCAAGGUCGCCGGCGCUUGGUCUGGAGUUUUGGAUGUCGACCUCUCUUCGUGGACUGUUCCUUUGCUGCGCGACGAGGUGGCCCGGCGAUCGGCGGCGUCGCGGGACCGUAUCAAUUUGAUUUGCGGGGGCAAAAUUCUCAAGGAUGGAGAUGGUGUUGAAAAUCUCUCGCAGCUUGGCCUGAAGAACAACUCCAAGGUGCUCGCCAGCGUUGUCUCUGCCGACCGUGGCAAGGCCCUCAACGAUGAGGCCGCUGUCCAGGCCGAUCGGUCCCAGAAGCUCGCCCGCCUACGGGCUGCUGCUUUGGCAUUGUCUGGGAGACAUGCAGAUGGUUCCUUACCUGUGGAAGAUUUUAAUAUUGAACUUGAGGAUCAAAAUGGUCAGAAAGUGAACUUAGGAUCUGAAACAGACCAAAAGGGAGUCAUGAUGGGUCUGAUGCUACAUGCAAAUGCUAGAAGCCUUAUGAAAAAUGAAAAGUAUAAGGAUGCACUUGAUGUUUUGUCCAUGGCAGAGGAGGCUUUCUCAUUGUGUGACCCUAAGUUUAUUGAGAUGAUCGACAAUGUGCCAAUACUUCAAUUAGAUACCGUAUGGUGUUACUUCAUGCUUCGAGACAUCUCAUGUCUAUCCGUGGCAGGCGUACGCCUCACAAAGGCGAGAAAAGGAUUUGAACAGUCUCAUGGCAAGGACUCAACUCGGUUAAGACUUUUACAAUCAGGACAACAUGCAGAGAUCGCAUUAUAUUUAAGACUGGAACUUUUGGAAGGAGUUGUGGCUUAUCACAGUGGUAAUUAUGCACAAUCCCGCAAAGCAUUGAACUCUGCGCAAGCUAAAUAUCUUCAGCUUCAAAUCCCAGAUGAAUCUUUGUCACUAUUGAUGAAUAUGGGGUAUAAAGAAGGUUCAGCUAAAAGGGCGCUCAGAAUGACUGGUCAAGAUAUUCAGUCAGCAGUUGAUUUUCUUAUUGACGAGCGAGCGAAGAAAGUCCGCAGACAUGAAGAAGACCGUCAAAGACACAAGGAGAUUAUGAAGCAGAAGGAAUAUGGCAGGACUCCUCAGAAAAAAGCCAUUGAUCUGCAGAUGCUGAAUGAAUUGGUCUCAAUUGGGUUUGAGACAUAUCUCGCAGCAGAAGCUCUUCGAAUAAAUGAAAAUAAUUUCCAAGAAGCACUUGAUCACUUGACUGAUACACAAAAGAAUUACGACCUACAACAACGAAUUGACUCCAGGAAUAUGCGAAUGGAGCAGAGAGAAACCGCUGCAGCAAUGAAUGCCGUAAACACCACACCCGCAGAAAACAAUGGAUCAACACAGGUUGAAGAACCAAUCUCAUUCUCCGACGAGCAAAACCAUCCAGUCACUGGUGCCGAGGAGGAGGGUACAUCAGAAGCAGCUACCGUCGAUCCAAGGGAUGAGGAAAUGGAAGACGCACUUGCGAAAGAGUUGACAGGGGAUGCAUUAGCAGACUAUGACAUCGAAGUUACAAAAGAAGGCGAAGCGGUUAAAGAAUACCUAGCUCUGCUAGAAUCACUCUAAUUCCAGAACAGGUAUGAUUAACAUUUUAGUUUCAAAUUUGUGCAUAAAUAAGAAAUAAGGUUUCAUGAUUUAGUUGCCCCUUGACAUCCAUAGCGACCAAAGUGGCAUUUGUAUGUAUAGGGUGUGGCCGUUAUAGGUUUCUAGUUAAGCUGUGGCGAUGAACAUUUGUAAUUGACUUCAAAGACCAUGAUCCGGAUAAUAAAUUUAUAUGGUUUGUUCAACUGUUGUUGCAUU